UCCCUAUAUUUUAGGACCUCUGAAUUGAGCGGGAAACAGCGAGAGGAAGACCGGACUGGACUCGAAUUUUUACCUUGUACCUAGUACCUAGUACCGACAUGCAACUACGUACUGACUAAACAGACGACAGUCAAGCCGUGAUCCAUCCCAGGCCUGAAAACAGAAAAUUGCACGAACGUCGGAACUUGAACGAGUAGUGGUCCGUACCCCUGACCUCGAUCACUCAUUCGGCCGGAAUCCGACCCUAGUGUCGCGUCGGGAGCGUCGGGAGCGUCGGGGCGAUAUUUUAUGUUCACCCAGUCUGCUGGAUGCUAGAUUGGAGCCAGCCCUCGGCCCCGCCAUAACGUCCGCCCUAGCCACAACAUGUCCCAAUCCUCAGCUUUAACCGGUAUUCUCGGUGGACGGGCCAAUUUUGAGGUUACAGAUGUUCCGGAAUUGAUUGAAACCUUUCAAUGGGAGUCUCAUUUGGAUGAGCUUCAGAUCGAUUAUGAUGAUGCUAGCCAGAAUUGUGUGGCUUUGGUGUUCAAAAGCAAACUCGUUACGAAUGCGAAGGGCGGUGGUGUGACGAUGACAAAACCUUGCACCCCUGCGAGAUCCAAAUCGACGAGGGGCCCCAAUCCAGAUUUAGAUCUCACUGGGUCCCCGUUGAAAUGUUCGUUUACAUUGGAUGAAGAUUUCGACGAUUCCUACGAGAUGUCAGGCCUCCGAGGAUCAAGCCAAGCAACCCCAAUCUACGUGCCUUUGUCUACUCAAGUUGCAAGGUCCAUCUUAAGUCGUGUGACCAUCAAGACGGAAAACGAUGGCGUGAUGAAGUUCCCGUGUUGGGUUUUUUGCGAUGGCCAAGAUGAUAUUCUCUAUUUGGGAUCUCAGAGGCAUCGAAACCAUGUAACUGUUCACUCUAUUCGUGCUUUAGAGCAAUUCUCAUCCAAAGAGUCGGGAACGUCCAAGAUGAGCCAAAUUCUGAACCAGCAUCACAUGCUCGCUCCACCGUCUCUGAAAACUCCAAUUAAAUCGAAAGCCCGGGCUGUGUUCAAACUCUCCGAGGACUUCCCUGUAGAUGCAGCUCUCACGGGUCAUGAAGCAAGCGUUUGUGCGCCUAGUUCACUAGCCAUUGAAGCCACAUGGUCCAAGCCUAAGGCCAUCUUGGAAAAGCCCAGUCCCGAUGCUAUGGUUAGCUUAAGGAUGAACUUGAGUCCCGGAGAUGAGCGCAUGGCCUCAUUUGGUCUUUGGAAUGAGUUGUCCGCACUCAUGGGUUUCAUGACUGGCUUGAACAAUGAAGGUAUCACUUGGAUGGCCCGAGAUGAGAGCGUGGACUUGGAGAAGCAGAUCCAUGACCUCAUCGAAUCUGUUCGAAAUUCGGGUCCUGGAGGACAACAAAGAGGCAAAGUUUCCGCCAAACUAGAGUCGCAAGAUCAGGGAGACGAUGGUGACCCGCAAUUGGACGAUGUGCUGUCCACCGUGAGAUCAGAUUUGGAUUUUACUGAUCAGUUGUGGAUGGUUCUGAUGCAAGUUCAAUCACUAGCCGAACUAUCCGCUGCGUUCACUUAUAUUUUUAAAACAAUUCAACAGGAGGAUCUUCGACCAUUCAUGUUUUCCAAUAGCAAAUCCAAAACCUCCAAGCUCAUUUGUGAUCUCUCACGAGACGCUGUCCAGGUUCCUGACAUGUCUGGACGAUUUCCUCUUGAACUUCUGGUAGAAAUGGGCCUGGAAAAACUGCAACGCGAUUAUUUGCAUACUUUGAUGUCUGGAUAUUUGGCUACUCGAGAAGACCUGGAGCCGUUCAUCGCCAUCGACGCAAAUGUUAACGGCGAGGAGAAGCUGCGGAAUCUUUUUGCCCUGCAUUUGGCUCUCGAGCUAGUGGUCUUGCUGCAAACCUACCUCUCCUCAAGUCAUGAUUGUUUGCGAGUUUUGGUCCAGAAGUGCCUGCACGACUUGAAAAUGCGACCAAUUACGAGUGUGGGAGAAGAAAUGCGAUAUGCCAUGAACUUCCAACUCCCUUCACAUUUGGUGAAAGACCAGUUAAGCAAGUUAAGCCCGAAUAUUUGGCAUAGUUAUUUUUGGUCGGAAGGAGACAUUUUGUCGGCCAGAUCCGACGCACUUCUCACGAUUGACCCGCCGCAGGAAUGGAUGGCCAUCAAACAAACGAAAGACCUCAACUCAGAAUCCCGCGAGAAGGAAGAUUUGACAUAUUACUUCACCUUGAAUACAAGCAUUACUCGCUUCUUGGAAACUAAACACCACUAGUUCCAAGAAGA